CCAGAGUCAAAGCUAAGCUAAGAUACAGAGUCCUCAGUCGAGAGCAUACAGCGCACCAUAGCAGCAGCAAAAGCCACACCAUGCGCGCUCCGCCGAGUCUCCUUCACCGGACGGCCCUUGCGGCACCUGGCACCGGCCAGACAUCGUUAUCGUCAUCGCCUCAGCAGCAGGAGCAGACGGCGCCUGUGAUGCCGGUGAACUCGGACAUGGUGGUUAUCCUGGCGUCGCUCCUAUGCGCGCUCGUGUGCGUCCUUGGCCUGGCCCUCGUCUCCCGGUGCGCAUGUCGGCGACGCCGCUCCGCCUCAUCCUCCGACCACUCUCCGCCGCCGCCCAAGGGCCUCAAGAAGAAGGCCAUCGAUGCGCUUCCUACCGUUUCCUUUGCCGCCACCGCUUCUCCGAAACCAGCGGGGUGCUCGUCCUCUGAGUGCGCGAUUUGCCUGGCGGAGUUUACGGAAGGGGAGGGCCUGCGGGUGCUCCCGCGGUGCGGCCACCGCUUCCAUGUUGCAUGCGUCGACGCCUGGCUUCGGACCUGCGCCACGUGCCCCUCCUGCCGUGCCCCCAUCAUCGUUUCCGUGCCCGUACAGCCGCCGGCGACACCCACGGUGGUGGUUGUAGUGGCGGCACACAAUAGAUGCGGGAGGUGCGGUGAGGUGGCGGCGCCGGCUGGCGGUGAAGAUAGCACCACGGUCUUGCCUUAACUAGCAAGAUGCCCAUGCGUUGCACGGAACUUCAAGAUGCAUUUGUAUGAAUAGUUUAUUUUGCGGGAGAAAAUAAUGAAUUAGAAGACCUUAUUUGCAAAGGUGGAGAGGGGUGUGGGUAUCUUUUUGCAAAA